CAGAAACCCACUGCGCGAGGCUAAAGGGAAGCCCUCGCGAAAGGCGCCUGGGGACAGCGAGGCCGCUCGACGGGAUUUGCCGAGGCUGGACAGCUCCCAGCGGAUCCGAGCUGCAUCACGCUCAAUAGCCAGGGCAGACCCUCCCUCCCAGCGCCGUUCUUGGUGCUGCCGAAGGCAGGACGGGCGGAAGCGGGACGCUGCUCGACAUGUUUCGGAAAAAGCGUAAAUGUGACGUGAUGCCCGUUGUUUUGGUACGCCCGACCAAUCGGACUCGCCGCCUGGAUUCUACGGGAGCCGGGAUGGGCCCGUCGUGGCGGCAACAGGACUCCCCUCUGCCGACCAUAACGCAUUGCGCAGGGUGCACCACCGCCUGGUCCUCCUGCAGCUUUAACAGCUCUGACAUGGAAACACCAUUGCAGUUCCAGCCUGGCUUCUGCUCAGAGCAGCAGCAGCAGCAGCAGCGGCGGCGCCCACACCCGCAUUGCCAGCAACAGAGUCAGGAGAAGCAGCAGCAGCAGCAGCAGCAGCCGCCCAGCCCAUGCCUCCAGUGCAACAACUGCGCUUACUACGGGGCUGCGGCUGCAGCGGGAGAUAACCUGCCGCUCUUGCUCCGCACUUCCUCGCCCCUGUCGGGCGCCUUCCGGACUCGGAGCUCGCCGCUCUCGUGCUCCGCAGCCUCGUCGCGCCAGGGCAGCCAGCUCAACGUGAGCGAGCUGACCCCUUCCAGCCAUGCCAGUGCGUCCAGGCAGCCCCACCACUCUUCCCACCAGUACCACCACUCCCACCAGUGCCAUAGCGUGCAGCAGCAGCAGCCGCAGCAGCAGCCGGGCAGCCCCAACAGCAGUGUCAGCAGCGGCAGCGGCAGCCACCACUACCAGCAGUCCCAGCAGCAGCAGCGCCGGGAGAGCAACCCUUUCACGGAAAUAGCCAUGAGCAGCUGCAGGUACAACGGCGGCGUCAUGCGCCCGCUCAGCAACCUGAGCUCGUCCCGCAGGAACCUCCACGAGCUCGACUCUGAGUCGCAGCCGCUGCAGCCCCAGCCCCAGCCCCAGCCCCAGCCCCAGCCGCCGCCACACUCCAGUCCCAGCGCCUCGGCCGCCGCCGCCGCCGCGGGGGGCGGCCCCGAGAUCGUGGUAUCCAAGCCCGAGCACAACAACUCCAACAACUUGGCGCUCUACGGCUCCGGCGGCGGCGGCAGCCAGACCAACAGCGGUGGCAAAUCGAGCAAGAAAAAGAACCAGAACAUCGGCUACAAGUUGGGACACCGCCGGGCGCUCUUCGAGAAGAGGAAGCGCCUCAGCGACUACGCGCUCAUCUUCGGCAUGUUCGGCAUCGUGGUCAUGGUCAUUGAGACCGAGUUGUCUUGGGGCGCCUACACCAAGGAGUCGCUGUAUUCAUUAGCCCUAAAAUGCCUUAUUAGCCUCUCUACAAUCAUUCUGCUUGGUCUGAUUAUUGUAUACCACGCAAGGGAAAUUCAGUUGUUUAUGGUGGACAAUGGAGCAGAUGAUUGGAGAAUAGCCAUGACUUAUGAGCGCAUUUUCUUCAUCUGCUUGGAAAUCUUGGUGUGUGCUAUACAUCCGAUCCCUGGCAACUAUACAUUCACAUGGACAGCCCGGCUUGCCUUCUCCUAUACCCCAUCUACAACAAUAGCUGAUGUGGAUAUAAUUUUAUCCAUACCAAUGUUCUUAAGACUAUAUCUUAUUGCCAGAGUUAUGCUUUUGCAUAGCAAACUUUUCACUGAUGCCUCAUCCAGAAGCAUUGGAGCACUAAAUAAGAUAAACUUCAAUACUCGUUUUGUUAUGAAGACUCUAAUGACAAUAUGCCCAGGAACUGUACUCUUGGUUUUUAGUAUCUCCUUAUGGAUAAUUGCUGCAUGGACUGUCAGAGCUUGUGAAAGGUAUCAUGAUCAACAAGAUGUUACUAGCAACUUCCUUGGAGCAAUGUGGUUGAUUUCAAUAACUUUUCUCUCCAUUGGAUAUGGUGAUAUGGUACCUAAUACAUACUGUGGGAAAGGAGUCUGCUUACUUACUGGAAUAAUGGGUGCUGGUUGCACUGCGCUAGUGGUAGCUGUGGUAGCAAGGAAAUUAGAACUUACCAAAGCUGAAAAACAUGUGCAUAAUUUCAUGAUGGAUACCCAGCUAACUAAAAGAGUGAAAAAUGCAGCUGCCAACGUACUCAGGGAAACAUGGUUAAUUUAUAAAAAUACAAAGCUGGUAAAAAAGAUAGACCAUGCAAAAGUAAGGAAGCACCAACGCAAAUUCUUGCAAGCUAUUCACCAAUUGAGAAGUGUUAAAAUGGAACAGAGGAAACUGAACGACCAAGCAAACACGUUGGUGGACUUGGCAAAGACUCAAAACAUCAUGUAUGAUAUGAUUUCUGACUUAAAUGAAAGAAGUGAAGAUUUUGAGAAGAGGAUUGUUACUCUGGAAACAAAAUUGGAAACUUUAAUUGGUAGCAUUCAAGCUCUCCCUGGACUGAUUAGCCAGACAAUCAGCCAGCAACAAAGGGAUUUCCUUGAAGCUCAAAUACAAAACUAUGACAAGCAUGUUACCUACAGUGCAGAACGAUCAAGGUCCUUGUCUAGGAGAAGGAGGUCUUCCUCUACAGCGCCACCCACUUCAUCAGAGAGUAGCUAGAAGAGAAUAAGUUAAUCACAAAAUAAAGACUUUUUUGCCAUCAUAUGGUCAAUAUUUUAGCUUUUAUUGUAAAGCCUUAUGGUUCUAAUCAGUGUUAUCUGGGUUCUGAUGUCAGAAUUCUGGAAACCUGAACACAAAGUUUUAGGCCAAAAUGAGUGAAAACUCUCUCUCUUUUUCCUUUCAGAUGCACAGUGAAUGCACCUAUUAUUGCUAUAUAGAUUGUUUCUCCUGUAAUUUCACUAACUUUUUAUUCAUGCACUUCCAACAAACUUUACUACUACAGUAUACAAUAUAAUAAAAGGGUUAA